UCUUAAUAUUUAUUAAGCUUUCUUUCAAAAAAUAUCCCUUUAAACUUUUGUUGUUUUGCUGUCAAAAUUUUUACAAACAAAUUCUAUUAUUGGAAUAUUUCCAAAACUCUCUUCCGGAGGGCUAAAAAAUGCCAAAUAUCCAGUUGCAAUCCUCUGAUGGCGAAGUCUUCAACAUCGACUCGGAAACGGCCAAGUGCUCGAGCACUAUCAGAAAUCUCUUAGAGGAUUGCGGCCUGGAAUCGGAAGAGAACCCACUGAUUCCUCUUCCCAAUGUCAACUCUACGAUCCUCGGCAAGGUCCUCAUUUGGGCCAAUCACCACCAGGAGGCGGAAAAGUCUGACGAAAAUGGUGCAAAAGAUGAAGCCUCAGCGUUGGUGAGGUCAUCGGAUGUGAUCAGUGCCUGGGACGCAGAAUUUCUGACCAUGGAUCAGGGUACACUGUUCGAGUUGAUCUUGGCGGCCAAUUAUUUGGACAUCAGGGAACUGCUGAGUGCGGCCUGUAUGACGGUAGCCAAUAUGAUAAAAGGACAUACCGCCGAGGAGAUCCGUCAGACCUUUCACAUUCCCAAUGACUUUUCGCCCUCCGAAGAGGACCUAUUGCAUAAGGACAGGGACAGUGAGCCGGUGGUUCCAGAAGUGGAGUCGAGUUAUGCGGAACUGUAGAACCUAUUUAUGCAUUUUUGAUUAAAAAUAAUAAAGUUAACAAGG